AUGGAGUAUAAAGAGCACGCCUCACCUCUCUGUAACUCAAUUCAAGAUCUAUCUAAGAUGAAAGGAGCACCUACAGUGGCGUUGCUACUUUUCUUCUUGGCGAUAGCCACCUCCAUGUCAGAUUACUGGAGAGAGACCGUAGGCAUGGGCCAACCCAAGGUGAGUCACCUCCACUUCUACUUCCAUGAAGUGGGCAAAGGAUCAAACCCCACCCCCAUACUCGUGGCCGAAGCAAAUAGCACAAAAACCUCACCAACCAGCUUCGGUAGCGUAUACGUCGCUGACGACCCACUAACAGAAGGCCCCAACCUCACGUCGAAGCUUAUCGGCAGGGCACAGGGAAUUCAAGCAGCUUGUUCUAUGACUGAGUUCAACCUCAUCAUGGCGCUCAACUUUGUGUUCACGGAUGGCGAAUUCAACGGAAGCACGCUCACGGUGGUUGGGAGGAACCCUAUACUGCAGGAUGUGAGGGAGAUGUCUGUGGUGGGUGGAAAUGGAGUUUUCAGACUGGCUCAGGGCUAUGCACAACUCCGAACUAUUUUGUUGGCCACUGGCUCAUUGACUGUGGAGUAUAAUGUCACUGUGAUCCAUUACUAG